AGAAAGAGAAGAUGAUGAAGAAGAAGAAGAAGAAGAAGAGGAAGAAGAAGAUGAUGACGAUGAAGAUGAAAGAUUACGUUAUAAAUCAGGAAUUAAGUGGAAAAAGAAAAAUGGUGGUUCGUCUUAUCGUAAUUUGCCAAAGGCAAUGCUAUUUGUCGUAUAUUGUUGUCUCUUAUGUGCAAUCCAAUGUAAGGAAAGUCUCGCGGACGCUUUACCAGCCAAUCAAAAGUAUAGUACACGUACGGUCACUACCAGAUACGGUACUUUGCGUGGGGUCGUUGCCAGAUCAUCUCCCAACGUCGAAACUUAUUACGGCGUGCCUUACGCUACCCCACCACUCGGUGCAUUACGAUACAUGCCACCGGUUACCCCAACACCCUGGCGCGGUACCAAAUUUGCCGACACCUUGCCACCGGCUUGCCCGCAAAAUUUACCGGAAUCGGACGAGACUUUACCGAAAUCAAGGCGUGCCUAUCUGCAGAGGAUAGCACCUUUGUUGACGAAUCGUAGCGAAGACUGCCUAUAUCUCAAUCUAUAUGUUCCAAAACCCUUGCACGUGCUGCCAGCGCUUCUUCUCAUUCACGGUGAUUCCUAUUCGUGGGGUGCCGGAAAUUCGUUCGAUGGGACCUCUCUAGCAGCUCACGGACGUCUGGAUUCCUAAAAACCGGAUCGAAAGGAAGCGCUCAAGGAAAUUACGGAUUAAUGGAUUUAGUAGCUGGACUUCAUUGGUUGCGUGAAAACAUCGAAGCUUUCGGUGGUGAUUCAGAAAGGCUUGCAUUACUUGGUCAUGGUACUGGUGCAGCUCUUGCAAAUUUUUUAGCCGUCUCACCGAUGGCCAAAGAAUUGGUGGAGAGAGUAAUAUUACUCGGUGGUUCGGCCCUUUCACCAUGGGCAAUACAACGGGACCCAUUGAUGGUGAAACGUCAUGUUGCUGAACAAACCAGAUGUUCAUUCGUCGACGAAGCAGACGAUAUUGCACCGUGUCUACGUUUGCGAAGUCUCGAUUCUCUUUUAGAAGUUAAACUCGAUCCCCCAAGAUUCACUUUUGGUUUUGCACCGUUCGUCGACGGAGCCGUCCUCCCGCAUCCGAUAAAUCAGAACUUUCAGCCCACUGCCUCUUCCGCGGGAUUGAUGCCCCUAGUUCCAGGACCCGGUGCGGAAUUUGCCAAUUUCGGUGAUCGGGAUCUUUUACUCGGUUUAACGUCCGACGAAGCUUGGUUGAAUUUAACCGAUCAGGAUUUACAGAACGGGUUAAACGAGACCAGAAGGGAUAGGAUCCUUCGUACCUAUGUGAGAAACACUUAUCGUUAUCACCUGCAUGAAAUUUAUUCGACAUUACGUAACGAAUACACCGAUUGGGAAAGAGGUGAACAAAAUGCAUCAGCCAUUUGUGAAGGUCUUCUAUCAUUACUCGGUGAUGGUCAAGUAGCUGCACCACUCUUAAGAUUGGCCCUAUUACAUUCAACUUCUGGUGGACGGGGUUACUUCUUACAUUUUCAACCGGGUGACAAACCAAGUCAAAAGGGGGACGAAUUACCAUAUCUCAUGGGUAUACCAUUACUUCGUGGUGAUUUUAAUUUGUAUUCAUCGUCAAAUUAUAGUCUUGCCGAUGAAAACCUAUCGAGAUUACUCGUACAUUAUUUGGCCAACUUUGUUAGACGAGGAGAUCCUAACCGAGCAAGUUCUUUGACAUCCGAUACGGACAACGAUCUGACGAGUCCACCCUUUUGGGAAUCGUACGAUUCGAUAAAUCAGCUUUAUCUGGAGGCAGGUCACGUGACGAAGCUACGUUCCCACUACAGGGGUCACAAGAUGUCGCUUUGGUUGAAUCUGUUACCACAGUUGCACAGGCCUGGUUACGAAUUGAACAUGCGUCAUCAUCAUCUGGCGGAUAGUCCAAAUUUGUACGAGGGUGCGGUACGUCCGCAAAGUCUGGCCCUACCGUUACCUGCACCACCAUUGCCAAUGCCCUCACCUACCGAGCCAUCAUCGGUUUCACAUACGACACCUACUACGGAGUGUACACCUAAUGCAACAUCUACCACCAUAGCUAGUACUUCGAAAACAUUGCAACAAUCUAACAAUUUAGGCCCGGGACCUAACAAUCUAUUAAGAAAAUUAACUUCCAGUUAUUAUCAGAGUUAUACAACCGCCUUAACAGUUACCAUUGCCGUUGGUAUAUUCCUAUUGCUAUUAAACAUCAUCAUAUUCGCGGGUAUUUAUCAUCAACGGGACAGGAACGCGUCCGGGACCUCCGGAUUAUCGAGUUUCGGUGAUAAGAAGAAAGAGGAAUUAUUGGAAGCUGGUUGUUCAGGUAUCGAGAUAAGUGGUAGUGGUGGUGGUGGUGGUCCUGCUGGUAAACAAAGAUUGUCUUCGAUGAAUCUGAUCGAUUCGCCAGGUUCGAGUCCCCAAGGACACAAAGCUAAACUCGUACAAGAGUUGGAACUUCAACUUCAAGAAUUUCAAUGUUCACCUCCACCUGGUGGUGGUAAAAGGGUCCUCGAACCACCGUCUUACAGUAGAAAUCCUUGCGUUCAAAGAACACGAACACCAUCGCCCUGUAUUGAUGCUACCAUUGCUAGGAUGCAGGAUGACGAUCAUAUGAUCGACACUGGUGUACUUGACAGUGACGAUGACGAUGACGAUGACGAUGAAAACGAGGAUCUACCGGAACCACCCCCACCACCUAAAGCACCAGCACCCAAUAUCGGCCUCGCUUGUCCUGGUAUUUUACGUCAACCUGGGACACCUGGUAGUGCUAAGAAACGCGUUCAAAUUCAAGAGAUCUCGGUUUGAGAUCGAUCGAUGAUACUCAACGAUACAAGAACAAAAAAAUAAUAAAUAAAUCAAAUAACAUAGAGAUUAAAGUUAACAGAAAUGAAAAAAUACAAAAUAACAAAAAAAAUAAAAAUAAAAAUAAAAAGAGAAUACAAUCUAGAAAAGUUCGAUUUAAUGUACUCGAGACGGGAUGGGGUCGGUAGGGGGGAGGGAGGUUUUUCUUUUAACAAAACCAAAGAAAGGAAGAAAACAAAAAAAAAAAA